AUGAGUCAUCCUUUCACCUACAAGAGCAAGUUUGAGACACUUCAUCAUGAGGCUGAGCAGUUGAUGAACAAAAGACUCAAGUUGCAGCAAUCCGUUGAUGAGGCUAAAAGAAAAGGGGAAGAGAUAUACGAAAGUGUCGACAAGUGGCUGAUCGAAGCGGGCAAAGCUAUUGAAGAAGCUGAUGAAUUUAUCCAAGGCGAAGAACAAGCGAAAAAGAGGUGUUUCGUUGGAUUAUGUCCUGAUUUGAAGACGCGCUACCUUCUUAGCAAGAAAGCAGAGAAGAAAGCGUUGGCAAUUGAUAAGCUUGUGAAUGAAGGCGACCAUGAUCCGAUUUCCUUUCGUCCCCGUAUACUGCAGAUAGUUGCCUCAUCAGUAUAUCAUCGUGAGGCCUUGAAUUCAAGAGUUUUGUUCUUGAAGCAAGUUAUGGAUGCUCUGAGAGAUCCUAAUCUUAACAAGAUUGGAGUUCAUGGAAUGGGAGGUGUGGGGAAGACCACCCUAGCAAAAGAGGUCCACAGGCAAGCUAUAGAAGAGAAGCUAUUCGACGAGGUGGUUAUGGUUGCAGUGAAUCAAACACCAGAACUCCGAAGAAUUCAAUCGGAGGUAGCUGAUGUCCUGGGCCUGACAUUUGAUGUGGAGGGAAUACCUGGAAGAGCUAAUCGACUAUAUGAGAGGCUGAAGAAAGAGAAGAAGGUACUUAUAAUUCUAGAUGAUAUUUGGAAACAACUUGAUUUAAAAGCAGUAGGAAUUCCCAUCGGGGAUGACUGCAAAGGAUGCAAAAUACUGCUAACCUCAAGGGACAAACAUGUACUGUCUCAGAUGGGCACACAAGUUGUUUUCCACCUUGACGUUCUACAGGACGAAGAGGCGUGGAGUCUGUUUGAAAUGACUCUGGCAGAUGCUAAAGAUUCAGAAUUGCCUCCCAUAGCCACGGAAGUUGCUAAAAAAUGUGCAGGAUUGCCUCUUCUAUUACUCACAGUGGCGACAGACUUGCGAAAUAGAGAGUCAUACGCAUGGAAUGAUAAGCUGAAGCAGCUAUCUGUGUUUGACAAUGAAGAAAUAUAUGCAAAAGUACACUCGGUUCUGGAGUCAAGCUACAAUGAUUUGCCUGGUAAUGAAGUCAAGUCGUUUUUCUUACUUUGUGGUCUGUUAGGACUAUCUAAUAUUCCAAUCCGGUCCUUGCUGAAAUACGUCAUGGGUCUAAGUUUAUUCAAGCACAUUUCUACUGUCAAAGAAGCAAGAAACAAAGUUUAUACUUUGAUUGAUACCCUCAAAGCAAAAUGCUUAUUGAUAGACGGUGAUAAGUAUGGAUUUGUGAAAAUACAUGAUGUUGUUCGAGACACUGCUUUAUUGAUUGCAUCUAGAGAGCAACAUGCGUUUAUAGGUACAAGAAGCGGCAGUGAGUUGAUGAAAUGGCCAAACAAGGAUUCCGCCAGAAUUUCUCUGCCUUAUUGUGAUAUUGAAGAUCUCCCUGAAGGGUGGGAGUGCCCAAAAGCAGAGCUACUAUUACUUUUCACUGAAGUUCUUUCUUUGGGAAUCCCAGACCUAUUUUCAAGGGAUUAG